ACUUGAGUUCUUACUGGUAUAUCUGAUUUUAAUUCAGUACAGAGUUCACUCUGGUCUUCUUUUCUUGUUUAUAUGUGAUUUCCCUAUUUGACAGUGAGAAACCUGGUCCCAGCCAUAUAUUAUCCAUUUACUUAUUUGUUCUACUUCAGUAUACACGCAAAACUGUUUCAGAAGUGUUAACCUGUAUACCCAUGGAGAAACAAACCUUCCAAUUAGAGUCCAGUGUUUAUUUUUGUCAUUAGCCUUACAAUUUCCAAAGUUAGUUAGGAAUUAACUAGUUAGGUCAGCUCCUUUUCCCUCCACCCCUUUAGUGCAGUUAUGUCAUAAUUUGUAACACAGUUAGAUUCAUUUAUCACGGUCUGCAUUUCAUCUUGGAGUCUUCCAACAUUUUGGCUGAUGGAUUUUUGCUAUUGUUUGGUCUGUAUUCAUAGAAGUUCACUCUUCAGAACAUGCAGUUCUGUGUUUUCUGACUAAAGAGUAGAGUCUUGUAUCUAUGACCCUAGUAUCAUAUGGAAAAGAUCCUGCAUCCCCAAAUGUUUCAGUCUGCAUCUUCUUUGUAGCCAACCACUCUCCCCUCCCCUAAUUCCUAGUAACUGCUAAUCUGUUUUUUUGGGUUUUGUGGGGUUUUUUUGGUUUUUUUUUUUUUGGUCUAAUUUGCUUUUACUUUUGCAUUUUUCAGAGUGUCCUAUGAAUGUAAUGAUAUCAAAAUCUUGGGGUUUUGCAUCUGACUUCUUUAACAUAGUGAAAUGCAUUUAAGAUUUAUCCGUAUUGUUGUAUGAAAUGGUAUUUCAUCUUUUAAAAAUUGUUGAAUAAUAUUCCGUGUAUGAAUGAAUCAUAGUGUGUUUAUCCAUUCCCCCAUUGAAGGACAUUUUGGUUACUUCUGAUAUUUAGCACUGAUGAGUAAAGCUGCUGUAAACAUCCACAGACAGAUUUUUGUGUGCACAUACAUCUUCACAUCAUUUGGGUAAAAUCCCUCCAAAUGGUGAUUUCUGGGUCAUAUGGUAAAUUGCAUCACUGCUGCUGUACUAAGUGCUUAUAAGUCAUAAAUGCAAUAAAUUUAUUCUUUAAUAUUGUCCAAGGAGAGCAUUAAAAUCAUUAGUGUCUAGUUUAGCAAAUCUGAAAAUCUACUCCUCUAUCUGUCCUUUGGUUCUUCCUUUAUUUAUUUUUUACAAACUGAAUUUACCAAGGUGUGGUUCCAUGGAAGCUGAUUCCUCAUACAUCACUGACUGAUUCUGAGGUUCUGUGAAUUUGCUUAUAAAUUCACAGAACCCUAGGCUAUAAUUUAAGUGAGUGCAAUGAUUACUGGGUUUUAACUUAAAAUUAGAUACAUUCAGAUGUUUUAGGGAAUAUGUUUUAUCAAACAAAGAAUAUGUUUUUUUGUUUAUUACUAAUGUACUGACCCCAGAAAUUAUGUGUGUACAAAUUGUCAAAUUGGGUUGAUGCUUCAGAAAAGGAAAAUAGAGGCUAACGAGUCCUCUUGGAGUGGCAGUGCAUUUGUUAGGGAGCGGUAUUUGAGGCAAAUUACUGUUUUAGCAAAAUUACAUGGCUUCCAGGGAUUAAAUUGAAUGACUGUGUGUCCCUCCCUCAUUGUACUGUAAGUGGCAGGGAUGCAAGUUAACAGAGUGCCAGACAUCAUAAUGCCUGGGGCAUAGUUAGAGACCAGGGAAGAUUUACAAUAAUCAAACACAGACAAAGUAGCAUGAAGAAAUUUCAAUCCUCUCAGCCUUGCUUACAAACGUAAUUAGGCUUAUUGGGGCAGAAACUAUUUUUCCUCCUCCCAUAUUUUAUCUGUUUCUCCUCCAUCGCCACCUCCUGUCCCAGAUUAUCAUUGAAGAGAUCACACUACCAACAAAGAGACCUUUUUUAUAAAUCUUAAUUUAUUUGGUUGAUUUGCCUGUAGGGAAAGGAGCAGUAAGCAAGAACAAAAUUUUAAGGUAUUUGAAAAACUGCAUUUUUCGUAGAGAACACACUGUUUUUCCAAAAAUCAUACUUUAGGGGCACCUGGGUGGCUCUGUCGGUUAAGCAUCGGACUUCGGCCAAGGUCAUAAUCUCACGAUUCAUGGGUUCGAGCCCCUGCGUCGGGCUCUGUGCUGACAGCGGAGGCUACUUUGGAUUCUAUGUCUCCCUCUCUCUCUGCCCUUCCCCCACUCAUGCUCUGUCUCUCUCUCUCUCAAAAAUAAAUAAAUGUUAAAAAAAUUAAAAAAAAUAAAAAUCAUACUUUAUUCAGGAAAUUCUGAAGAAAAUUAAUUUUUUGUAGCUCUACAAUUAGAUCUUUUACGAGUAUUUUCAAUAUUGUGGGAGUUGCUUGGCCUGCUCCCUUAAAAAAAUUGUCAGUUAAAUCUUUGUUUUCUUGAAGUAUUUUUAUGGUGUAACCGUUGAGAGUAGUGUUCAUGGAUGCUGUUCUUUGCCUUUCCAUUAGCAGCAUAGUGGUGGGCUUCGGUUGAUGAUAGUAGAUGAUUGGGGGGUGGGAGAAGAGGUGGGGUUUCUUCCUCUCAUCCCUCUUGUGGGCAGUAAAAUCAUCUGGCAAAUGCCUUUCCAAGGAUGUCGAGUGUAUAUAUAAAGGAAAAGCCUAAGAUUGCUAAGGGAGUGGUGUUUUGGUGAGGAUUUCAUUCUCUUUUACUCCAUGGAAACGAGCCUUUUGAGGUUUUACUUGUCUGCUGAUUUGUCCGGUGAUCCAGGUUUCCCCUCAAAAAACCUAUAAGGCAUGGAAGUAUUUUGAACCGAGAGUCACCAACAGAUAAGAAGCAGAAAGUUGAGCGCAGUGCAUCGCAUGAUUUUGAUCCCACAGGUCUUGUUCAGCGUUGUGUGAUCAUCCAGAAGGAUGACAAUGGAUUUGGGCUGACGGUCAGUGGAGACAAUCCAGUCUUCGUACAGUCUGUCAAAGAAGAUGGAGCAGCCAUGCGGGCUGGAGUACAGACAGGUGAUCGAAUCAUCAAGGUGAAUGGUACAUUGGUGACUCAUUCAAACCAUUUGGAAGUGGUGAAGCUAAUCAAAUCUGGUUCCUAUGUAGCUCUCACUGUUCAGGGACGCCCACCUGGGUCGCCCCAGAUUCCACUUGCCGAUUCUGAAGUAGAGUCAUCAGUCAUUGGACAUAUGUCUCCCAUCAUGACAUCCCCUCAUUCACCUGGAGCAUCUGGGAACAUGGAGAGAAUUACUAGUCCUGUGCUCAUGGGGGAGGAAAACAAUGUGGUUCAUAACCAGAAAGUAGAAAUUCUGAGAAAAAUGUUACAGAAAGAACAAGAACGGCUGCAGUUAUUGCAGGAAGAUUACAACCGAACACCUGCCCAAAGAUUGCUAAAAGAGAUCCAAGAGGCCAAGAAACACAUUCCUCAGCUGCAAGAGCAGUUAUCCAAAGCCACAGGCUCUGCUCAGGAUGGAGCUGUAGUUAUGUCCUCCAGGUCUUUAGGUGACCCCCCGACAGUCGGCGAGGUAGAAGCAGACCCUGGUGACGGACUAGGGAGAAUUGACUACAGCAGCGGAGAUGCUUCUCGGCCCAGUAGUGACAGCGCAGAAAGUCCCAAGAGUGCCCUGAAAGAGAGGAUUUAUCUAGAGGAAAACCCAGAGAAAAGCGAAGUGAUUCAGGACACUGACACUCAGUCACUCAUCGGGAGCCCCUCUCCCCGAAUGGCACCUCAUAUUAUUGGAGCAGAGGAUGAUGAUUUUGGUACUGAACAUGAACAGAUCAAUGGGCAGUGCAGCUGUUUCCAGAGCAUUGAACUGCUAAAAUCUCGCCCUGCUCACCUGGCUGUUUUCUUACACCACGUAGUUUCACAGUUUGACCCUGCAACAUUGCUCUGUUAUCUCUAUUCAGACCUAUAUAAGCAGACCAAUUCCAAGGAGACUCGGCGUGUCUUCCUCGAGUUUCAUCAGUUUUUCCUGGAUCGAUCUGCACACCUGAAAGUUUCUGUUCCUGAUGAAAUAUCAAUAGAUCUAGAAAAAAGAAGACCUGAGCUUAUACCUGAGGAUCUACACCGCCACUAUAUUCAAACUAUGCAGGAAAGAGUCCACCCAGAAGUUCAGAGGCACUUGGAAGAUUUUCGGCAGAAACGUAGCAUGGGGCUGACCUUGGCUGAAAGCGAGCUGACAAAACUCGAUGCAGAGCGAGACAAGGACCGGGUAACUUUGGAGAAGGAACGGGCAUGUGCGGAACAGAUUGUUGCCAAAAUCGAAGAAGUGUUGAUGACUGCUCAGGCUGUAGAAGAAGAUAAAAGUUCAACAAUGCAGUAUGUUAUCCUUAUGUACAUGAAGCAUUUGGGAGUAAAAGUGAAAGAACCUCGAAAUUUGGAGCACAAGCGAGGUCGGAUUGGAUUCCUUCCAAAAAUCAAGCAAAGUAUGAAGAAAGAUCGAGAAGGCGAAGAAAAAGGGAAGCGCAGAGGAUUCCCCAGCAUCCUGGGACCCCCAAGGAGACCAAGCCGUCAUGACAACAGUGCAAUUGGCAGAGCUAUGGAACUACAGAAGCAGCGGCACCCUAAGCACUUAUCCACACCCUCUUCUGUGAGUCCUGAGCCUCAGGACUCUGCCAAGUUGCGCCAGAGUGGGUUAGCAGGUGAAGGAACAGACGUUGGGUACCUGCCAGCCAAUUCCAUGUCCUCUGGGGCUUCAGGGGCCACUCUUUCCCAGGAAGGAGGGAAAGAGAAUGAUCUGGGAUCAAAGCAAGUUGGAGAAACACCUGCAUCUGGAGACUGCAUGGAUGGCACCCCUCGCACUCCCAAUACCAUCUUCGAUUUCCCACCUCCUCCGUUAGACCAAGUGCAGGAGGAGGAGUGGGAGGUGGAAAGGGUGCCUGAACAUGGGACACCAAAGCCCUUUCGAAAAUUCGACAGCAUAGCUUUUGGAGAAAGUCAAAGUGAGGAUGAACAGUUUGAAAAUGACUUAGAGACAGAUCCACCCAACUGGCAACAGCUCGUUAGUCGAGAAGUGUUACUGGGACUAAAGCCUUGUGAGAUCAAAAGACAGGAAGUAAUUAAUGAAUUGUUCUACACUGAAAGAGCUCAUGUUCGAACACUGAAGGUUCUUGACCAAGUGUUCUACCAGCGAGUAUCCAGAGAAGGAAUUCUGUCACCUUCAGAACUACGGAAAAUUUUUUCAAACUUGGAAGAUAUUCUUCAACUUCACAUUGGAUUGAAUGAGCAAAUGAAGGCUGUUCGCAAGAGGAAUGAGACCUCAGUUAUUGAUCAGAUUGGGGAAGAUUUACUGACCUGGUUCAGCGGACCAGGGGAGGAGAAGUUGAAACACGCUGCUGCCACCUUUUGCAGUAACCAACCUUUUGCCCUGGAAAUGAUCAAGUCUCGUCAGAAAAAGGAUUCCCGGUUUCAGACUUUUGUGCAAGAUGCCGAGAGCAAUCCGCUGUGUCGUCGUCUGCAGCUGAAGGAUAUCAUUCCUACCCAAAUGCAGAGGCUUACUAAGUACCCUCUUCUGUUAGAUAAUAUUGCCAAAUACACAGAAUGGCCAAUGGAAAGGGAGAAGGUGAAGAAAGCUGCAGAUCACUGUCGUCAGAUCUUAAACUAUGUAAAUCAGGCUGUCAAGGAGGCAGAAAAUAAGCAGCGCUUAGAAGACUAUCAGCGUCGCCUCGAUACCUCCAAUCUGAAGUUGUCAGAGUACCCAAAUGUGGAAGAGCUCAGGAAUUUGGAUUUAACAAAAAGGAAGAUGAUUCAUGAAGGGCCACUGGUCUGGAAGGUGAAUCGGGAUAAAACUAUUGAUCUGUACACGUUGCUGCUGGAAGACAUUCUUGUAUUGUUACAAAAACAGGAUGACAGACUGGUGUUACGAUGUCAUAGUAAGAUUCUGGCAUCUACGGCUGAUAGCAAACACACGUUUAGCCCUGUCAUUAAGUUGAAUACAGUGUUGGUUCGACAAGUGGCAACAGAUAACAAAGCUUUGUUUGUCAUCUCCAUGUCGGACAACGGGGCCCAAAUUUAUGAACUGGUGGCACAGACAGUUUCUGAAAAGACUGUCUGGCAGGACCUUAUCUGCCGGAUGGCCGCAUCAGUGAAGGAACAGUCAGCGAAGCCAAUCCCACUGCCCCAGUCACCACCUUGCGAAGGAGACAACGAUGAAGAAGAACCUCCAAAAUUAAAAGUGGAGCAUCAUAGCAUUUCAGUCCCUGGUCUGCAGAGUCCAGACAGAGAUUUGGGAUUAGAGUCUCCCCUAAUAUCGUCAAAACCUCAGUCUCAUUCACUGGGUGCCUCUGGGAAGUCCGAGGUAGAUGAUCUGUUUGUGGCUGAGAGACAGUUUGCUAAGGAGCGGCAUGCAGAUGGGACUCUGCAGGAAGCUGGAGCAAGUUACCAAAUCCCAAUCCCAGACCCGCACUUGCCUGCCUCAGAAGAACGGUGGGCCUUGGACGCACUAAGGAAUUUGGGCUUGUUGAAGCAGUUGCUUGUACAACAGCUGGGUUUGGCUGAGAAGAGCACUCAGGAAGACUGGUCACGUUUCCCGAGAUACGGAACAGCGUCUUCCGGAGUGCAGACAGACAGUGUAACCCAGAACUCUGAAAAUAGUAAGGCCUGUCCUCCUGGUGAAGGACAGGUGUCCUUUAGAACUGAAAGUGGUGACAUUUCCACUUGUUACAGUCCACGGACUUCAACUGAAUCUUCUGCUCCACGAGAUUCAGUGGUACUGGCAUUCCAAGAUAGCCAGGCAAGUAACAUUUUAGUAAUGGACCACAUGAUUAUGACCCCAGAGAUGCCUCCUGCAGAGCCAGAAGGGAGUCUUGAUGAGAGUGGAGAGCACUUUUUUGAUGCCCGGGAAGCACAUAGUGAUGAUAAUCCAUCAGAAGGUGAUGGAGUGGUUAAGAAGGAAGAGGAUGUUAAUUUGCGCAUCUCAGGAAACUAUUUGAUCCUUGACGGCUACGAUGCGGUGCAGGAGAGCUCCACGGAUGAGGAGGUUGCUUCCUCACUCCCCCCACCGCCCACGACAGGCGCCCCCCCCAUGGACUCUGCCGGCCAGCAGCAGCAUUCUCCCCAGAACGCCCAUUCCGAUGGGGCGCUCUCACCGUUCACCCCGGAAUUCCUGGUCCAGCAGCGCUGGGGAGCUAUGGAGGAUUCCUGUUUUGAGAUCCAGAGUCCCCCCUCUUGUGCAGACUCACAAAGCCAGAUCAUGGAGUACAUUCGUAAGAUCGAGGCUGACCUUGAACACUUAAAGAAGGUGGAGGAAAGUUACAACAUUCUUUGCCAAAGGCUGGCUGGAUCAGCCCUCACAGACAAGCACUCAGAUAAAAGUUAGAGCCGCGUGUCCUGGAGGUGACUGAAGGUUGUUGGAUUUUGAGCGUCGGCCUUGUAUCACCCAUCCUGGCUCCACCGUGGGUGCAGAGAAGAGUGUGUCCCAGAGGGUCUGCCUGUGAACCACCCCCCUCCCCCCACCCCGGGGCAGCCAUGUGCCCGGGCGCCCAGAGCGGGACUAGUUCUUCACAGUCUGGCAGCUGCACUGGUCUGUCAGUGAGGGAGUAUUCGUUCUCUCACUCUGCUCUCCUCACUAUCGGAAAUUCAUUUUGAUUCACAACAGAAACCAAAUGUAUAGAGCUUUGGGUGUAGGAUAUGAAAUUUUACUUAGACUUAAGAAAAAGAGAAAAUCAGAUGUAUUUAUUUGACUUCAUUCCGUAUUUGAAAGCACAUUUUAAUUUUUAUUUUGCCAUGUUUUGUUUUGAGUAGUGAGAGUUUUAGCCCUUUGUAUUUAGUACACCCAAGGGUCAGUUGCUCCUGAAGCCAAGAGUUCAGGAUAAGGUGUUAGGAGGUUGGGUAGAGAGGUGAAGGAGAGGGGGAAGUAAGCAAGGGGAGCAAGGAGCAUCUAGCUUCCACUAAACUGUAUUGCAUGCCCUCUGCUGCCCAGUGGGCGUCGUCUUUGAGGGUCACCUCAAAGGCAUAGUAUGCCCGUGGCUCCGCUCCUGUGUGCGGAGGACUUGAGCCGUGUGCUACCCAGAUGGGCAGAGAGCUAGGUGGGCUUCCUCCCACGUGAGGCGAGCACCUCUUCUCUGUAGCCGGGAUCAACCCCCAAUUAACAGAAAUCCUCAGUGUACUAAAGAGCAGGCACUUGAAAAUCGGUGUGUUCUUCUUGUCUUCUUUCUAUCGAGGGUAGGGAUUUGGGAGGGAGAGGAAAGCAAAUUUUAUUUUCUUGGCUAUAAAUUUGCUAUUCUUGGUAUUGUUUCAUUUUUAUAAUUAUACAUUAGACUUCGGCACUUGUGUAAAUUAUCCCUGCAGGUUGAGCGGGAAGUAAAAACAAACAAAUGGAGAUGCUUCAGAUGGUGGCGGGGGUGGGGGUGCUGAGGAAGGGGGGAUGGGAGCGGGGAAAAGAGUUUGGGAAGGUUAUCUAACUGAAUCACUACUGAGUUGAACCAUGGCUCUCAUUAGCCACGGGUACUGCUGAAUAGAAGGCCAGUAAAAUUUUAGUACCUGGAGGUUUGACUCUUAAUAUUAAUUUUGCACUGAUGGGUGCCAAAGGGCUCUCUGAGUUCAAAGGACAGCCUCGAGUGGAGUGGAGAGAGAUGAGGCGGAGAAGGCAGAGCCGCUCAAACCAGCUCCCGAAUGACUUCCUCUGACUUCACUGCCGGAGCUUUUUCCACACUGGUGCAUGACCGACCUUAAAAGUUGCAGACCAGAGCAUACACUGGAUACUGUGGGCAAGGGGUUGCUAACUGCCUGCUCUAGAAUGAAUUGUAGUAUUGGCUGCCCCCUGCAGAGGGUAAAUGUUUCAGAACUGUAACUUGAGAACUCCUUCAGUGAUAUUGGCUUUCUGUGGUUUUCUUUGUGCAUCGGGUAUAUGUGUUUUGGAGUAUUUUUGCCAACUAAAGCUAAAUCAUGGGUCAAGUCUUCAAAUUCUGUUACUACAUAAAGAGUACCUCCACUGCUCAUUUCAGUAGUGCCCUCUGAACUCUGUGGGUAAUCAGGAAGUAAUUUUACUCUUCCCCCGCACUCUCAUCGCAAGCCGGUAAGGAUUCCCUACUGCUUUUGUAAACACCACUACAAUUUAACAAGCUCAUCUAAGUCCGGAUUCCUAUUUCCUGCCUUUUUCAAAUCUGACCUAUGUUUUGAAGUAGACCAAUUUGGACUGUUGGACCUCAUCUAUAAAUUAGAAUUCUAUUUUGAGUCGUAGACCAAGUAUCAAUUAAAUCUGAGUGGGCUUAAAAAUUUUAGAGGCAGAAGCUAGUAAGGGAAGCUUGGGACUUGAACUUUCUGUAUCUCUUAAGAGAAGCGAGUGGAAAAGCCAAAUGAUCAUGUAGUGCUGCUGGAGAUGACGUAGUCACUCGCAACCAAAAGGGCAACACGCCCGUGGCCACCUGACACCGGGGUCAUCAGCUGGCAUUUAAUCUGGAGAAAGGGAACUGUAAAUGGAACUUUUAUCUUAAAUUCAGACAGUACAGGGUAAUCCCAUAAUUCCCUAGCACUCAAGAAGCUUUGUAGGUCAACAGCGUUUGGGUUUCUCUUCUAGCUCAGCCAGUGUAUCUCGCCCUUAACAACUAUUGGCUUUGCUUUUCCUGCAGUUGAAGCUCUCCUUGGAACAGGGCUAACUGGAAAAAUACUUUGACCGUAGCUCUAGUACUUCCAAAUAAACUCAUAUCUGGAUUUUUAAAUGAAGCCCCAAGACAAAGUCUGAGUCUGAAAAGAUUCCACAAUUUUGAGUGUGUUCUUUUUAUCCUCCAGCCUACCUUCCUCCCGCCUCCUUCCCAGCAUUGCCUCCUACACCUUCCAUUUUUUUGGCCGUUAUAAUCACAGCCAUUUUACUUUGAUACCAUAUCUGCCUUUCAGGACAAUGGAAUUAGAUAUUCCUAGUGUCUUUGAGCGACAGUGGUCCCCAGCGAAGCUGUUUUCUCCCAGGUUACCUGACUAGAAGCUGGAAUCAAGGGUGGUGAACACAGCAACCUUCCCAGAGCAGGAGGGCUGGGCUUUAGCCAUCCAAGUGACCUGCUGUGACCCUGUGCUCUCUCUUGUGGGCCUGAUGGCUCCUUUGCUAUUAAGUGGCAAAUUACAUUUGGAGUGUCUCCUUCCUUUUCAGAGAACAGAGUUAAUCAAGGCAAAUCAGCAAGCCCCCAAAGUGCUAUAAUUUAAAAUCAUGAUUACAUACUUUAAAAUCAGCCAACUUGGACUGCUUGAGUUAUCUUGGCUUUUAGAACCUAAACUGUAACUAUUCUAUCGUACCGUAAGAAGGCGCAUUUCAUUAGUUUUCUGGCUUCCCAUUCCCCAAAACAACUUCUAACCACUGUUUAAGACAGUUUUUAUUUGUUUUUUUGGAGGCAAGAGGGGGAACCUAAUGUGAGAGUAAAGGAGAAAAGCUUAUUUUUUCUUCUUUUUAGAAGCUAGAGAAGAUAAUUAAGGCUUCCUGUGAGUUGUCUUUUACUUGCAUACUUUUUUUUUUCUUUUGAUGUUGGUAAAUUUGGUGUAUUACAUGGAGCUUCUCUAUUUCAAACUGGAAACUGUCUUCUCUGAAGGUGGUGUAUGAUGUUAUUUUGAACUGCUAGAGCUUUGGUCAAUAUUUCCUUCUGUAUACGUCACAGAGGGCACCAUUGAGAAUUGUGUACAGAGGACCUCAGAAUACAAAAUUGUCAGGACCGUGUAGUCAUCUUUCUGCUGGCUGGUUUCUUCCCCCUCCUGUUACAAUUUUUGUUUUAAAUCAUGGGGUUUUUUUUCGUUUUUGUUUGUUUUGUUCGUUUGUUUUCUGACCCACCCCUUUCGUUGAUCUGCAAAAUAGUUCCUUCUUCGAGAAAAGAGUUUCUUUUGCCUCGUUCCGUAUGCCUUCCCCACUGGUACUGAGGGUUUUGAUAAUAAAUUGGUGGAAGAACAACGUACCUCGUAGAAGGAAGCCCUGUCUGCCAUUUCCAGGUGCCAAUGGCUAAGCAGAUGUACUGCAAAAGUGGUAACUGUAAUGUGCACACUAUUGGUUAUUUUUAAUAAGCCUCUUCCUACUAGAACAUUUUAUUUUCCUUGUUCACCAUACAAUCAUGUACUCUUUAACAGAAAUUACUUUUAAAAAAAUCUGGAACUAUCUUUAAAAGAACUUUAUUAAUAAUCAUGUAUUUUUACUGAUCACAUUUUGAAAUGCCUAAAAGACUUUAUUGUUCUAAUUAUCCAGAUGUACCUUUGUAAAAUAGCUCUUUUAUGAAUUAGCUGAUAAGGCUGUAUGUUUCUGGAACAAAAUAUUGGUCAUCUAAAAACUUUCUGUUUUCUGGGGUCUGGGAAAAUAGAAAAUGAGAGUUCAAAUAUUAAAUAUGCUUAAAGGAA